CGCCGACUCAGAGCGACUCUCCGCCGGACUCCUGAGCCGACAUGCCGCGGAGGAAGCAGCAAGCGCCGCGGCGCGCCGCAGCAUACGUCCCUGAAGAUGAGAAGGAAGCAGCUAUGUUGGAUGAAGACCUGGAUGGAGACGACUCGGCCCAGGACGGGGAAGAGCCCGCUGCCAAACUCCUGUGUCCAGACAAGGACUUCCUCUUCAAGGACCGGCCGGGCUUCCGUGACUCCCCCAACGCCACUGACUUCUCUGGUCAGGAGCUGGACAGCGAGUCCCAUCUGAGCGAAACCAGUGACAGAAUGUCUGACUUUGAUAGCUCCUCACUUAAAAAUGAGGACGAGAUCCUCCAUUCUAAAGAUCCCUCCAAUGCCCUGUCGCCGUCCUCCUCCUCUACCAUGAUGGCCGCCGCCAACGCUGCCGCCACUGUCGCUGGCGAAGAGGCCAUAUUAGCAGCAACAGGCUCUGUUGCUGACAGCCUGGAGAAGAUGAAGGCCAUUUACACCUCUUUUCUGACCAAUUCCUAUUGGUCCACCCUAAACCUGAACCUGAGCCAGCCCCCAGCGGAGAAGCCCCCCGCAGACAGCAGCAGCAGCAGCAGCAGCAGUAGCAGCAGCUGUGGGAGCGGAGGCUACGACUGGCACCAGACAGCCAUGGCUAAAACCCUCCAGCAGGUCUCCCAGAACCACCACAACAGGAUGGCGCUGGUCCAACAUCCUACAGUGGCCGUGAGCACCCCAUCAACAGAACCCAACCUCUUCAGUACCGUCCAGCUCUACCGGCAGAGCUCCAAGCUCUAUGGCUCCAUAUUCACUGGUGCCAGCAAAUUCCGCUGUAAGGACUGCAGCGCAGCAUACGACACGCUGGUGGAGCUCACGGUGCACAUGAAUGAGACGGGCCACUACCGUGAUGAUAACCACGAGACGGAUGGCGAGGGAGCUAAACGGUGGUCCAAACCUAGGAAACGAUCUUUGCUGGAGAUGGAAGGGAAGGAGGACGCGCAGAAGGUUCUGAAGUGUAUGUACUGUGGACACUCUUUUGAAUCCCUUCAGGACCUGAGUGUCCACAUGAUUAAGACGAAACACUACCAGAAAGUGCCUCUGAAAGAGCCUGUCACACCUGUGACAGCUAAGAUUAUCUCUUCUGCUCGAAAGAGAGCCCCUCUUGACCUGGACAUCCCCAGCUCGCCAGACUCUAAUGGAGGCGCCACACCAAAGCCCACCUCCCUCAGUGACUCUGGCGAUAUACUCCAAAAGGUCACCAACCCUUACAUCACGCCCAACAACCGCUAUGGACACCAAAAUGGUGCCAGCUAUGCCUGGCAGUUCGAAUCCAGGAAGUCACAGAUCCUCAAAUGCAUGGAGUGCGGCAGCUCUCACGACACGCUGCAGGAGCUCACGGCUCACAUGAUGGUGACAGGACAUUUCAUCAAAGUCACCAACUCUGCGAUUAAGAAAGGCAAACCGAUCAUAGAGGCAUCCGCCCAGGCACCGAGGUCAAACUCAGCAGCUGAAGAGAAGGUGCAGUCGGUCCCCCUGGCUGCUACCACCUUCUCCCCUCCACCUGCCCCGGUGCCUCCUCCGACCAGCAUCUCCCCCACUCCUAUGGUUAUGGAGAUAAAGAAGGAGGCGAAGGAGGAGGAGUGCACUGCAGAGUCCAUUCUGAAUAAUGUUAACAAUGUGAGCAAGGAGAAGAAGGCCGUAGGUGAGGAGGAGGUUGAGGAAAAGUUUGAUAUCACUUCAAAGUAUAGCUAUCUGACUGAGGAGGAUCUGGAGGAAAGUCCAAAGGGGGGUCUUGAUAUCCUCAAGUCCUUGGAGAACACAGUGACCUCAGCCAUCAACAAGGCCCAGAAUGGAGCUCCCAGCUGGGGAGGAUAUCCCAGCAUCCACGCUGCCUACCAGCUACCAAACAUCAUGAAGCUUUCACUGGGUACCUCUGGAAAGAGCUCCCCACUGAAAUAUAUGUUCCCCGGAGGGGAGAUCCUCUCCCCCACUGCCAAGAACCAGCCGCUGAUCUCGCCUCCUAGCUGCCAGACCUCUCCACUACCUAAAAACAACUUCCAUGCUAUGGAGGAACUCGUCAAGAAAGUGACAGAGAAGGUGGCCAAGGUGGAGGAGAAAAUGAGGGAGCCGGCUGCUGUUGUGAGGGGCUCUCCUCUGAGGCGCACCACCCCUUCACCGUGCAACAGCGAGGCAGAGGAGUCAGCCCGAGGAGAGUCCCCCAAAGAAAGCCAACCAGGAGGCAGUAAGACCCCUGAGAAUGCAAGUGCAGAAGAAGAAAAUGGACCCAACCACAGAGAUGCAAACGGGGAUGUCUCUACAAAGGAGACGGCAGAGAAUGGUGUAGAGUCUGCUGCCGUGACCUCACCCCCACCCACCUCUGCGUGUGGCAGCACAGCCAUCAUCACUGAUCACCCGCCUCCAGAACAGCCGUUUGUGAACCCUCUGAGUGCGCUGCAGUCCGUCAUGAACGUGCACCUGGGGAAGGCCGCCAAGCCGGCCCUGCCCUCCUUGGACCCAAUGAGCAUGCUGUUCAAGAUGAGCAACAGCUUGGCUGAGAAAGCAGCAGUGGCCGCUUCUACACCACCAGCACAGACCAAAAAGACCGGUAGCGAGCACCUCGAGCGAUAUUUCUACCAGCAGCAUCUGAACAACGACCAACCCAUAGACCUUACCAAAGGAAAAAAUGCAGACAAAAGCAGCAACUCUUUGGGGUCGACAUCUCUCUCCUCCCCCACUUCCACCCCAUCCUCGGUGUCUCCCUCCUCCACCAUCAGCAUGACCAAAGCCUCAGCUGCAGUAGCUUCCUUCAUGUCCACAUCACCUCUGAGAGAAAACGCCCUCUCAGAUAUCUCAGACAUGUUGAGGAACCUGACAGAAAGCCAGGCUGUGUCCAAGUCCUCCACGCCCACCAGCCAGUCCGAGCGCUCUGAUAUCGACGGCGUCACGCAGGAAGAGACCGAAGAUGUUUCGCCUGCCCAGAAGCGUAAAGGCCGCCAGUCCAACUGGAACCCUCAGCACCUCCUCAUCCUACAGGCCCAGUUUGCUUCCAGUCUCAGACAAACAAAUGACGGCAAGUACAUGAUGUCGGACCUGAGCCCACAGGAAAGAAUGCAUAUCUCCCGCUUUACGGGUCUCUCCAUGACAACCAUAUCCCAUUGGCUGGCAAAUGUCAAGUACCAGCUGAGGAGAACCGGUGGCACAAAGUUCUUGAAGAACCUGGAUUCUGGUCACCCUGUGUUUUUCUGCAGUGACUGCGCCUCUCAGAUUCGCUCGCCGUCCACCUACGUCAGCCACCUGGAAUCCCACCUGGGCUUUCGCCUGCGAGACCUGGCGAAGCUUUCUGGGGAGCAGCUGCUCAACCAGAUCUCCCAGCAACACCACCACCAACGCCAUACCAAAGGACUGUCUGAGAAACUGUUCUCCAACCUCCACCCGUCCAGCCACCCUUUGCCGUCCUCACUCCCCACAUCCAUCCCGUCCUCCUUACCCAUCUCCCUGUCCUCAUCCUUAAACACAUCUCUGCCCUCCUCCGAAUCGCCGUUGCCCUCUCCCGAGGACGACGACAGCGGCGCCCUUUAUCAGUGCAAACUGUGUAAUCGGACAUUUGCGAGCAAGCACGCGGUCAAGCUUCACCUGAGUAAGACUCAUGGGAAGUCGCCAGAGGAUCACCUCAUGUAUGUGUGCGAGCUGGACAAACAGUAGCACCGGCUUGCUCGCCGUCUCUGACAGAUGAGAAACGAUGACGAAGGACGCCUUAAGCGUUAGGACUGCACAAAGAUGCCAUGCAACUACUGCUCUGAGUUUCGGCACAUGGUUUUACAUUUUGUGUUGUAGAAGAUUUUUAAUUUUAUUAUGUAUGAUGUAGACUGACU